AUGUUCGACUUUAUCAAAAAAUUGCUGCGAUCUGCUCCUUGGAACCGACAGCAGGUGCAAUCAUCUCCUCAGUCUUUGGAUGAGGCCGACCAUGGCGUUCCGAAACCAGAGGCCUUCCCACAAUUUCCGCCAGCGCCACCUCGAGUAAUUCUGCAAGAUCCGAGCCAGUAUUGGAGCCAGGUCACUGCUCGACAGUAUGACGCCCCAAUGGGCGUCUUCAAAGACACAUCUCUGUUUGCGCUUUAUCGACUAUACGAAUUGAUCGUUCUUGACAAGGUCCUUAGUUACCGCAACGCGUUGGAGGCUUUUUGGCGGACUAGGAACUGGCCCAUUCAAGAGAUCGAAGACCCCAAGGACGAUGAUCCGGAGAGAUAUGCAGUGCUGGCGGGCUGUACUUACUUGCUGAUGCGCUCUUUCAACCAAAGAGUCAAGCUUGGUCUGCGUCGCGACAUGCCGUCGCUCAUUACACCGGAAGAGGCAGAAAUGCUGAGGCAGAUACCUGAUGAGUCUCGACCCUAUGAAGCAGUACCCGAGUGGGCUACCCAAGUUGCACCUCUCUCAGAAACGCUAGCAAUUCCCACGGAGGAAGGAGAGAUCCUGACAAGCAAGGAUGAUGAUCGAGCUGACCCCGACUUCCUUUCAAAGAACAUUCUAUUAUCGACACCUCAUAUAUCCUUCACUUAA